AUGCCCAUUCUUCAUGCCGCUCUUGACGCAUCAGGCCACGCCCACAUUCAUACGUGUUAUUCAUCACCAGUCAAUCUCAUCCACCUACCUCCAAACGAUCCCGAAUAUCAACUAAUUUCUGGGGCGUUUCUCAACGGUUGGAAACAUCCACACAAGGCCAAACCGAGAGUCCAAAGAAUCUUCUACGUCGCAUAUUCGGGCGCGGGGCUGACACACCUAUGUAAAUUCAGCGAUUACAGCAACAAAGUAGGAAAUACACAGAUGCUCUUUCACGGAACCCGGCGAGCGUGCAAGAUCGCCGAGACCCCAUCCAUCGUCACAACAUGCACACUAACAGACUGUCACCUCUGCCACAUUCUGAGAGGGUCGUAUGACAUCGAACGAGCCAAAGGCGCUAGGAUGUUCGGCCCUGGAAUUUAUUCCACAGCUGUGUCGUCAAAGGCUGAUGAUUAUACGACGAAUGCCCAAUCCAGCACCCGCACCCGAGUCAUGAUCGUCAAUCACGUAGCCUUGGGCAGAUCCAAAACGAUGUACGAAGCUUGCCAUGACAUGCAGCACGCACCGCACCUUUACAACUCGGUCACAGCAGCAACAUUCCCCGAAGGAGGGAAAGUUAAUUACCACGAAGCGGUUGUGUAUCGAGAAGACGCGAUAUGCGCCAAUGCAAUAGUCGUGUACCAAUAA